UUUUUAUUGUGUUAGUCACACGUGUGCUGCAGUAGCUGUUCAAUUUUAUCAUUUUUAACUGUGAUUUUAUUUAAUAUUUUAAAUGGACGGCCAUUGACUAUCGGACACUAACAAAGAACAAGAUUCAAACUCUGCAAAUAUCGAUGUUACCGUUGGCCUGUACAAACCUGAGAUAUUCUGCUGAAAGCCGUCAAUACAUCGAACUCAUUAUCAAUAAGCAUAUUUUUAAAGUAUAGUUAUAACAAAUCUAAGAUUUACCAUUAAAACUGAUCGACAAUUAUUUAUUUUGCUACAAAGAAUCCAUAGACUCACAAAGAUGCAAGUCGACGACAAUUCAAAACCUUUAAGGCCCGCUUAUAUUCCGAGAAGAGACAAAUGUUCUGCAUGCAAGAAUCCAGUGUUUUUGGCUGAAAGAAUAUUGGUAGAAUCAAAAAUCUUUCACCGAACAUGUUUCUCUUGUGCCAGAUGUGGGGCUCAGCUCAACCCGGACUCAUGUGAUUAUUACGAAUGCGAAAGCGGCGAGUACUGUUGCGAAUUUUGUGAAUCAUUUGCUAAUUCCGAAAACAACUCGGACUUUACCGGUAAAUCUCAACAUAGUGAUAUAUUAGCCGAAGAGACCCAAAAUAUUCAACAAAAUGUUGAGAUCAAUGUUAUAGAAAUUUCAGACAGUGAUCCCAGCUCUGGUGAAGAUUUGGACAAUAUACCGAAUGUAAGACGCUCAGUUGUUUCAGAUCGCCUGAAGUUUUUCGAAAAUAACAUGCUUAGUGCAUCUGGUGUAUCUGGCAAAAGUGCAAGUGAUUCUUCUAAUUAUCAAUUUAUGAACAAUGCUUUGAUUGCAUCUAAUGUGAGUACUGAAAGUGAUGUGGUUAGUGAGGACAGUGUUAGUGAAGCUUCAAAGGAAGUUUCAAAAAGUACAAUCUCAGAAGACUUAAAUGUUUCAAGUGAACCAAAUACAGACAUUUCUGUUACUUCAGAUCAGUCAAAAUUAGCAUCAAAUAAUGAUUCUGUUCUUACAGUAUCUAGUUCUUGUAGCAAACCAAUUACCAUUUCUAGUUCUAGUUUUGAUGAUAAUUCUAACACUAAUAUUUCAUCUAACAAUUCUUUAUCCCUUCAGUCCAAGGAUGAGAACGAAGGUGGCAGAUUUGUAUCAACUUUGAAUUCUAUAGAAAAUGAUUCCAUCUUGAGAAAAGACAAUAAAAGCUUUGGUUUAGAUGAUAGUUUUGUAAUUCCGCAGGAAACAAGUGUUCUUAAAACCCUUCCAUCAGAUCAAUUUUCUAUUGAACCUAAUAUUUUUACUGCAAGUACAAUAAACGAAAGUGAGCUGAAAAACGAUGCAGAAGUUUCUUUGUCCAAUGCAGAUGUUUCUUUAUCCAAUGCAGAUGUUUCUUUAUCCAAUGCAGAAGUUGCUUUGCCCAAUGGCUUAGAAAUAUCUAAGAAUACUGAUGAUAAGUUGGUUUCGUCAAAUAUGUUGGAUGAAGUAGAAGUAGUAAAUGAAACUUCUGACUUGAAAGUCAGUUUAGAAAAUGCAUCCAACAAAUCUGGCAAUGAUGGAGCUGUAGAAAAACUGGAUGGAGAGAACUUCAAAAUCGACGAUGAUUUAAAUAAUGAAGAAGAGUAUCCAGAGGAACUAAAUCCAUUUGGAGAAGAUGAAAAUACAUCUGAUUUAGAUAUAAGUAAUCCAUUCUUUGAAGACUUAGUGGGAAAUAAGGAUGAUAUAACUGAACCGGCAACCAACAUUGCUAAUCAAAAUACAAACACUGUGAAACCUCAUCAAAGGCGAAAGAUUCCUGCUGAUAAUCCAUUCUGGUCUGAUGGAGAAAUGCCUUCGAGUGAUGAAGAAAAUGAAAUGCCGGUACCUGCUCCAAGAUCAUUGACAUCCGUUCCUAAGGCAAGUCCAAGAGUUCUCAAGACAUCUGAAAAUUCACAUAAUGGCUUUAAAAAUAUACAAUCUAGUCCAAGUCCAAGCAAGAGGAAAAAGCAGCCAGCUCCUCAACCUCCAGUUCAAUCUUCUCCAUCAAAACCUGCUGCAAGAAAAGCAAGGCCAGCGCCUUUACCACCUGUAGCAGUAGUAGUUCAAUCUCCCAAUAAUAAAGUCCUUACAUCGACUCCUAUGUUUGAGGAAGAAGCUGAAUUAAAAAAUAAUUUUUCACUUGCAAAAUGCGACAUUUCCAAUGUGAAAAUUUCUUCAGCCAGUGAAUGGGAGAAACUUAAAAGCGAUAAGGAGGAAAAUAAUCGAACUAGGAAGAGCUGUGAUGGUCUGCCAAACAAUAAGCAUCUGAAUAAUGACAGAAAUGCUGGAAAAUGGAAGCGUAAAAAGGGUCCAGCUCCUCCCAUGCCUGUCAUACGCAGAAGUGUGACACCAUUGCCUAUCGCAGAUAUCAAACAUGAAUUGGAGAUCAUUGAGUUGCAACAACAGGGUCUGGAAAAGCAAGGAGUCAAAUUGGAACAAAUGAUUCGUCUCAAAUGCGAAGGGAGUGCCGAUAUUAGUGAUAAUUCAACAAGAAGCAUAGAAACUGCAACUGCCAGUAUGACAGAUGAUCAAGUAGAUGAUUUGGUGCUUCAGUUGUUUGAAAUUGUAAAUGAGAAAAAUGAACUAUUCAGGAGGCAAGCUCAGUUGAUGUAUAUGAGACGCCAACAAAGAUUGGAAGAAGAACAUGCGGACCUCGAAUACCAAAUUCGUUGCUUAAUGGCGCAACCUGAAACAAAUAGGACAGAUUCAGAUAAACAACUUGAGGAACAGUUAAUAUCUCGAUUACUUGAGGUGGUUUCAAUGCGUAAUGAGGUAGUAGAUUGCCUGGAAAUGGAUAGAGUACGAGCAGUUGAAGAAGAUCACAGUAUUAGCACUAGAUUAGAAUCAUACACAGCCCAACGAGAGCAACAAAGUGAUGAUCUGACUUCAAAAAGCUUAAAUAAUAGUCCUAUAAAGUUAUCAAAGAAGGAAAAGAAAAAAGAGAAAGAGAAGCGGAAAUUAAAAAAAUUGCACAAUAAGAAGCAAGAUGUUGAUAAAGAUAUAGAUGAAAUGGAACUAUCGGAAUCAUUACGAACUAGUAAGAAUUCAAAAGACAGGAAAAAGUUAAAAUGGUUUAGUUAAUUUUGAUUGGUUUUACAUGUGCACAACAUAUUUAGAUAUAAGCAUCAAAACAAUUGGAAUUAUAUUGAGUACCUAAAAUGCAAAACGUUUAGUAAAUCGUAUUCUAAAAUAGGUCUGCAUUGAAGUAUUACAAAGUAAAUAAUUGCUUAUUGCUUAUAUUCUAUUGAUCUGAUUAACAUUAAAUUUUAGAUAUGAUAUUUAGAUAGCUUAAAAAGAAAUAUUUUUGUCCCCUCUAAAGUUUUGGUG